AUGCUCCCGUCAGUAGUUCAGCGCGCAGAGGAGACCAUCGCAACUCUCUUCUCUUUCAUUACUGCUCAAGGCUCAUCCGAUUAUCUUGGAGAAAAAGUUUCUCAGCUUGAGCACUCUUUGCAGACAGCUCAUCUCGCUCGCAAAGCUGGAGCAGAUGACGAGACGGUUCUUGGCGCUCUUCUUCAUGAUGUAGGAAGAUUCAUCCCUCAGAGCAGAGAAAUGCCGAAAAUGAUUGCGCCAGGCGGGACGUUCAUCGGCACAGCAAGUCAUGAGGUUGUGGGUGAGAGGUAUCUGAAGGAGUUGGGAUUCAGUGAGAAGAUUUGCCAAUUGGUUGGAGCUCAUGUUAUGGCUAAGCGAUAUCUGACUGCUGUGGAUGGCAAGUAUUAUGAUGGCUUGAGUCAGUCGAGUAAACAGACUUUGAAGUUUCAAGGGGGCAUAUUCAAUGAUGAACAAGUCAAGGAAGCUCAGAAGGAUCCAUGGCUAGAGCAAAAGCUCGCGGUUCGCAGGUGGGACGAUCUUGCAAAAGAUCCGAACUUGAAAUCUGAGCGACUGUCAUUUUAUGAGGACAUGGCUAUCAACUCACUCCUCAAAUCCUGGAGUGGCAUUGAGCUUCACUCAAGGAAAUACUCUUUACCCCAAAACCCCACCGUGGUAGUUUGCGUCGAUGGAUUCGAUCCAGAGUAUCUGGACGAAGGCAUCAAGGACGGAAUCAUACCAAACCUAGCCAAGUUCGCAAAGGAUGGUUUCCACAAGACAGCGAAAAGCUGUAUGCCAUCUUUCACCAACCCAAACAAUGUCUCCAUCAUCACUGGAGUACCACCGUCCGUUCAUGGUAUCGCAGGCAACUACUAUUUGGAUCCACUAACGAGAGAAGAGCACAUGAUUGUCGACGACACCCUCCUUCGCGGUACGACUGUUCUUGCAUUGUUGGCGAAGAGAGGAGUCAGAGUUGCCGCUGUUACUGCCAAGGAUAAACUUCGACGCAUUCUCUCACAUGAUCUCGAAGGAUUAGUCUGCUUCUCCUCCAAAAAAGCAAAGGAUGCAAAUCUGAAAGAGAAUGGAAUUGAAAAUGUCGAGGAAUGGAUUGGUCGACCCGGACCAGCGCAAUACUCGGGCGACCUCUCCAUUUAUGUACUUGAUGCCGGCAUUAAAUUACUGGAAGAAGAACGAGCAGACAUUCUGUAUUUGACACUCUCCGACUUCAUCCAGCACAAGUAUGCGCCAGGAGAUAAGGAGGCAAAUGAUCUUAUGAAGGUUCUGGAUGCGCGAAUCGGCCGAAUGGUAGAGCUUGGCGCAGUCGUUGCAAUGACUGGUGAUCACGGCAUGAGCGACAAGUCCAAGGCAGAUGGAACGCCAAAUGUCAUCUUUCUCGAGGAUGAGCUCACAAAUCGUUGGGGACCGGACUGUGCCAGAGUCAUUUGUCCCAUCUCAGAUCCCUUCGUUCGCCACCAUGGAGCCCUUGGAUCAUUUGUACGCGUCUACGUCAAAUCAAAGGAGCACAUCGGUCCCAUGCUCGAUUUCUGUAAGACACUCACUGGGAUUGAAGUUGCCUUAUCGGGAGAAGAAGCUGCAGGAGUCUUUGAACAGCCGUUGGACCGAGAAGGCGACCUUGUCAUUGUCUCCGAGAAGAACGUAGUGAUUGGAAGUCGGAAAGACGAACAUGAUCUAUCCAACCUUAAGGGACACCGUCUGAGAUCACAUGGUGGUCUUUCAGAGCAGGAAAUACCGCUCCUCAUGUCCCAGCCAGCACACGGCACCUACACAGAAGGGCGAAAGAACUGGAGAAACUUCGACAUCUUCGACUUGGUACUGAACGGGGCUCAUGAGCGUGCGUAG